UCCAGGUGACGUGAGUCCAGUAAUCACUGUUUACCGUAAUAAUACUUUCAUGCUUGCUUUGGUAAUGUAAUGGGAGCCCAAAUUAUUCUCAAUUAUCUGAAAGAGCAGAAUCUAGAAGCAACCGAAUAUUUGGUGAAAAAACGAGCAGGUCCCGUGAGUUUUUUAACAUUCAGUGCAUUGGUGAAUCGUGAAAAGGAUAUAUUUGUGCACUUGGUGGACGUUGCAAGGUUACCUAGAAGUGGUGCCAGUUUCUUAAACUUUCAUCUUACAGCGUGCAGAAGUUUAUGGCACUGAGUAAUAUUUGGAUUGUUAACGGAGCGGAUAAAGAAAUACCUAAAAACGUGCGACAUAAGGACUUUUUGGCUUUAGACAACACCAUAACAAUGAGCGAUAGAAAUUCGGGUAACGGACAGAUAGACGGCGAAGUGCCACUCAAAAACAUGGCUCGCGUGAACCAAGGUCAAGAAAAUGAACUGAACGAGGAUCCGGAAAAUGGAAUGGUUAAGGAUAAUCGACGAAAUGAUAAGAAAAUCUGCAGUUACACAAGAUGGAUGAGAUUCGGAGGAUUCAUUUUGGCCUUGAUUUUAAUAGGAUUCUUCUUCACAUAUUUAGUAACGAAGUAUCUGGAAAUAUCAGACUAUUCCAAGUCUUCUUUAAGACUAAUUCCUCCAAAUCCCGAAGUGGAGGCACCACCUUCCCGUUCAAUCCUCUACGUCUUCCAACAUGGGGCUAUUUGUUCAGACAAUGAUAUUUGCAGCGAAAUUGGACAGUAUAUUUUCAACCGUGGCGGCAACGUCAUGGAUUCAGCCCUAGCUACUUUAUUUUGUAACGGGAUAACAACAAUGCAGAGUUUGGGAAUAGGUGGUGGCUUUAUAAUGAACGUUUUUAUAAAAGCCGAAAAUAGAUCGUACACAAUUGAUGCAAGGGAGACAGCUCCAAAAUCAGCCACCGAUAGUAUGUUCACAGUUCAUCACGUUGGCACCCCGACGUCAGUUGGAGUUCCUGGAGAGGUUCUAGGCUACUGGGAGGCUCACAAAAGGUUUGGUUCGAUGACAUGGAAAGAAAUCAUUGAACCUUCAAUAAAAGUAUGCGAAGAUGGGUUUCCACUGUCCAAACACAUGCUGGACUCACUGCACACAAAUAAACGACUGAAAACGGAUCCACUUUUAAGCUCUGCUUUCAUCAACAAAGAAACUGGGGACUUCUACCAAGUUGGCGCUCGAGUUCAUCCGCCCAAAGAACUCUGCAGUACAUAUCGCCUUCUAGCCUUACACGGUGCCCACGACUUUUACAAUGGAACUAUUUCAAAAUUACUCGUAGAUGAUCUCAAAGAUGCGGGAAGCUUAGUCACGGCAGAGGACUUAGCUUCAUAUUCGGUCGAUUGGCAUGACUCCAUUCCUGUUAAUUUAGAUGAUAACAUUAUGUACGUAGUACCUCCUGCUGGAGGUGGGACCCUCUUAGCUUUGAUUAUGAACACGCUACGAGGAUAUAACUUCACCAGUGAUAGCAUAUCAACAGUCAAUAACACAAUCCUGACCUACCAUCGAGCAAUAGAGGCUUUUAAAUUUGCUUUUGCCAAAAGAUCACUUCUAGGUGAUAUGAGAUUUAAUAAUUUGACGGAGGUUCUACAAAACCUUACAUCACCAGACUAUGCCGAGGCCUUGCGACAAAAAAUCAAUGAUAGUAGAACAUAUGCGGAUUUCAAACAUUAUGGAGCGAAGUUUUAUCGAAAAUCAGACACAGGAACAUCACAUUUAUCAGUGGUUGCUCCCAAUGGUGACGCGGUGUCAGCAACAAGCUCAAUUAAUUUUUAUUUUGGUUGUGGUGUUGCUGGCAAACGGACCGGUAUCAUUUUUAACAAUGGCCUCGAUGACUUCUCGUAUCCAAACGUGAGGCAAAAUUUCUUUGGUUUACCGAGCUCGAAACCGAACUUUCUGCAGCCAGGGAAGCGUGCCAUGUCUUCAAUGAGUCCAACCAUAAUCACCGAUACUAAAGGCAAUGUUAAGUUGGUGAUCGGAUCAGCAGGAGGAACCAAGAUUACCACUGCGGUGGCAAUGGUGAUAAUGCGAGUCUUGUGGUUUGAUCAAGAUAUCAAGCAGGCAAUCGAUGCACCCAGAAUUCAUCAUCAACUCGUUCCAAAUGAGAUAGAGUACGAGUUUGGCAAUUUGCAGCAAAUAAUCGGAGGUUUAGAAGAAAAAGGUCAUCGGACUAGCCGCUAUCGAGAGCGAGGGUCAACCAUGUGUGGUAUCACCAAAAACGAGACCGCAGUGUACGCAAAUGCAGAUUUCAGGAAGAAAGGCGGGGUCUACGGGCUCUAGGGGGUCUACCAACACUUUCCAGAAUCAAAUGCUUCAGGAGACUAUGUAUAAGUCGAAUCAUACAAAAAAAUCGAAUAAACACUGAAAAUUCUUUACAUCUGA